UUAAAUGGCACUUCUAUUAUACGAUUAAAAAAAUAUAUUUAUUUAUUUAAUUUCCCAACGCGGUGAACCUACAGCUGGCGCGCAAUCUAAUCAAGUCCUUACGUACCGGGUCCGUCGCUCGCGAGACGAGCGUCACAUUUAGAACUACGCCGGCGGUGGGGGGGCAGCGAGCGUGAGAACGCAUAAAGCACAAAGCCCGUCGGCUGACCAGCUGCAUCGACGGUAUAUAAUUCUGUCAUGUACGAUGAGUUACGGUAACCCAGGGGGGGCAGCUGUUGCAGACCCGCGAACAGCCCAAUGGUCAUGAUACCGGCGAUCGAGGAAGCAAGCUUGUACGAGUGAGCGUUAAGCGACACCUAAUUAGGAAUACUCAGGCACCGGAACACAUCAAGGCAAUGCACUCCACUUGUCACACGAUAUUAGGAUUGGCCUGUAUGUUCAUGAAUACAAAAGAUUUUCUCAAAGGCUUGCAUUCCAAUGAGCAGGGCCCAUGCGAAGCUUUACCAACAUUCCUACAUGAAUUAAACGUUCCAUGGAAUGCUGAAGGUGGCGCCGACGAUGUCUUGGACGAGGCCACCAUGAUCAAGCUAUGCUCUCAGUCGCCCAAGUCAGAUAAAUCCACACUGCUUGCAACACAGGUCGAAAACAGCUGCAGCAUUGAGUGCACAACUGGGAAAAGCGGAGUGUACCACGUCAACAUAACAGACGGGUUAACCUGUGGCAUCGAAAAGGUCUGCAUUCGCACGGAGUGCAGGAGGAGGCCUUCCAUCACCGAAUCGGACAUGUGCAAGGCUCUACACCCCCGAGCGGCCGCACGAGCAUCGGGUUAUGAUGAAUGCCAGUUCCUGUGCUACCUGCAGAACCAAGAUAUGCCCCGCCGUUACUGUCGACCCGCUGGAACUGCCUGUUCCAAGAACAGCGGGAGCACCGGGACGUGCAAUCUACUCGGCUACUGCAUGACCGACGUCUGAUGGAGCAGUCUAAUAAAUUGCGAGCCCGUU